AUGUCAGCCGCCGAUCUCUCCGCCGCCACAGUACUCGAGCUCGGCGCAGGCCUCGGCCUCCCCGGCCUCGCCGCCGCCAUCGCCUUCAACUCACCCCGCGUCGUUCUCACCGACACGGCCCCGCUGCUGGACGGGCUACGAAGGAACGUGGAGGCGAACGGAGUCGGAGAAAGGGUGGAGGUGCGGGAGCUGGGGUGGGGGUCGGAUGAAGUGGAGGAGUUCGGGCGUGAGUUUGGGGAGGUGGAUGUGGUGCUAAUGUCAGAUUUGUUUUUUGACCCGGAGGAGAUGGGCGGGCUUGGGCGG